AUGCCUUCUUAUUUCGAUCCAAUGGCAAAGAAGACAAAAGCGCCAAUGUUUUCUUAUGCAGAAUUGCAAUUGCUGAUGGAGCUUUAUACAAGUAAUUUUGAGAGAUACCAUGGCAAGAUUUUAGCAGAUGGAAAGAGAGAACCUUCGGAAAAGCGAACGUUACUGCCGUACUUCGCACAAGAACUUAGCAACCUUGGGGUUGACAGGACGGAAAAACAAAUAGAGGAACGGAUCAAAGCGGAUAUCAAAAGGAUGGAUAAUAAUAACGGUUCUACGGACAGAGCGCUGCCGUUCUUACCGCACUAUCUUCAUAGGCUUCAUGAAAUCAUUAUCUCCACCAAGCUAACGAAUGGUUUAGUGGGAAUACAAGAUGAAGAAUAUGACAGUCAAGAGAAUCGGGAUAGCCAGAGCACCGCUUGCACUCCAAGCCCGAGUGAAAGUCAUUUCAAUGUUGAACCGAAGGUGGAACCAGGUUCGCCAGGGUAUGAAGGAUUUGAAAGCGUGCGAUUCGAAGUCGAAAGCCCCCCACCUUCUGUCGAGGUUCCGCAUGCGCCCAGUACCUCGGAGACCGUUCCUCGUUCACGGCCCUCAAAAAGACGUCGCUCUCAUUCAGUGGACACACGGGAGCGACCUAUCUCCAAUUGUCAGCCUACAGAGUUGUAUGUGGAAGAAGUUAAGGCAGCCAUUCUCCGCCAGCGUCAUUAUGAGGAAAAGAUAAAUAAUUCUCGGUUAAAGAAGGAGCUUCUCAUGGUCUCUCUUGAGCGGGAAAAGCUGGCACUGGAAAAGGAACGGUUUGUUCUGAAGAAAUUGAGGGAAGAGGGAGGGAAAAAUGUUCGUAUUGUGGUUGGGUUUGGUGAUGAAAAGUAA